CAAAGACAACAAUAGCAACAGCCGCACUUUUCCGUUACCGACCUUCCGAAGACUUCCCACAUCCCGGAAGAUGGCGUUAAAAUAAUAACAAAACACAUUCUUAGUAGUCCCCUGCGCAAAUCUUUAAUGUUUACCUUUUGAAUAGUUCAUCGUGUUACCACAGACCCACUCACUGCAUUAUUCUAUGAAAGACAAACAGGGAUUGCGCAUGAAUAGGCUCGCCUGAGAACAAUUACCAGAACGAACAGCUUUUGAAGUGUCAGGAGCGCGUUAAUGAAUGCAUUUCUCUCAGUGGGUUUUUAUAUUUAGCUUUCUGUGACGCUCCGUAAGGCACCAGUCGAGUCGUGAACAAGACAAACCGAAUGCAUUGUUUCGAGUCAUCUUUGUGCCGGUGAAGAGAGAAGGUAAAGACGUUUCAAGGCAAAAAAAUUAUAAGAAAAACUUGACAAUUUCGAGAGAACUCGUAGUCGCUGUGAUGUGGUGACAAGCGCGCCGUGGAAUAACGCAUAUUUAUUAGGCGACUAACUGGUCAGGUCUGAAAAUGAUGAUGGCCGGUGGAGCAGUUGAACAAAACGGUGUAUUCUCGAUUCCUCACCAUCACAGUCAACAGCCACACAUGGAUACGGAUCUCCCCGACUCCCGAAAACGGCCACUGGAAACUCCAGCCGAAGAGGCCUCUUGUACCAAGCGCACCAACGUUGGAGAGGAGGGCGAGUACUUUCUGAAGGUGCUGAUCCCUAGCUAUGCGGCCGGCUCUAUAAUUGGCAAGGGCGGCCAGACCAUUGUACAGCUGCAGAAAGAAACUGGCGCCACCAUCAAGCUGUCCAAAUCCAAAGACUUCUACCCAGGAACCACAGAGCGAGUGUGUCUGAUACAGGGUACAGUCGAGGCUCUCAAUGGCGUCCACAACUUCAUCGCAGAGAAAGUCCGCGAGAUGCCUCAGAGCGCCCAGAAGACUGAACCAGUCAGCAUCAUGCAACCACAGACAACCGUCAACCCCGACCGCGUCAAACAGGCCAAGCUGAUCGUGCCCAACAGCACGGCGGGCCUGAUCAUCGGGAAGGGCGGGGCCACGGUGAAGGCGGUGAUGGAGCAGAGCGGCGCCUGGGUGCAGCUGUCCCAGAAGCCCGAGGGCAUCAACCUGCAGGAGCGCGUGGUCACCAUCAGCGGGGAACCCGAGCAGAACCGCAAGGCGGUGGAGAUCAUCGUCCAGAAGAUCCAGGAAGACCCACAGAGCAGCAGCUGCCUCAACAUCUCCUACUCCAACAUCUCGGGCCCCGUGGCCAACUCCAACCCCACCGGCUCCCCGUACGCCAACUCUGCCGAGGUGAUGCCCAACGCGGCCGCCGCGGCCGCGGCCACGGCCUCCAGCCUCCUGGGCCAGGCCGGCCUCGCCGGGAUGGGAGCCUUCCCCGCCGCCAUGUCCGGCUUCUCCGGCAACGACCUGCUGGCCAUCACGUCUGCCCUCAACACGCUGGCCAGCUACGGCUACAACACCAACACGCUGGGGCUAGGCCUCAACCCGGCCGCCGCCUCCGGGGUCCUGGCCGCCGUAGCGGCUAGCGCUAACCCCGCCGCGGCCGCAGCCGCCAACCUCCUGGCCUCCUACGCCAGCGACGCGUCCGGCGGCGGUGGCCACCCCGCAGCCGGGCUGGGAGGGUUCUCCCUGGGCUCGCUGGCCGCCGCUACCGGGGCUUCCAACGGCUACCUGAACGCCUCCUCUCCCCUGAUGGCGUCGUCCCUGUUGGCUACUGAGAAGCUGGCGGAUGGGGCCAAGGACGUGGUGGAGAUCGCCGUGCCGGAGAACCUGGUGGGGGCCAUCUUGGGGAAGGGCGGGAAGACACUGGUUGAGUACCAGGAGCUCACGGGCGCACGCAUCCAGAUCUCCAAAAAGGGAGAGUUCAUCCCUGGCACACGGAACCGUAAAGUUACCAUAACGGGGUCGCCCGCGGCGACGCAAGCAGCCCAGUAUCUCAUCAGCCAGCGAAUCACGUAUGAGCAGGGUGUGCGGGCCACCAACCCACAGAAGGUGGGGUAAAAAAAAAAAUGAUUACGACAGAAGAGGAAAGAAAAAAGAGGGAUGGAAACAGAGAAAGAGAAGAGAAUCAAGAAGGUCACGGAGUUCAAAAAAAAAAAAAAAAAAAGAAGAGGAGGAAAUGUCCAAAUAUCCGUUCAAUAUUUCAGUAUUAAAAAGAGAGGAUCUCAAAGAAGAGGGCCUGGAUGAGAAAUAUCAAGAUAAGUGUGUGUGAUAAUGUGAAUGUGUUUUUAGGGACUGAAGUCCUGGUGUUUUUUAAAAAGUUGUGUCGAGUCCUUUUUGAUGACGGGUGAUCAGAGUAAAGCUGAACUGGUCUACUGCCACGCUGCAGAUCUAGGGAGGGUGACGCCACGAGAUUUCACCCUCUUUCAAAACCUCUCUGCUGGGUCUGCUCAUCGGUUUCCUUCGUUUUCAGUUUCUCUUCUUUUUUCUUUGUCGGUUGUCUUCUUCGCUUCGCGGAUGUCGGCUCCCACCAGAGUCGAGAGUGUCGGGUUCCAGAAGAACUGGUGCUCGUGCCUUUUUCCUUUAGCGCUCACCUCGCUCGUACACGAUGCAGAAGCCAUUGUUUACAUGGGAGAGGUUCAAUAAUGAGCACCUGAGGCCAGUUUAGGCCUUGGUUGGAGCAAUCUAAAUGUUGAUUUCUUAGCAGAAAUUCUAUAGUUUAUGACGUAACGUCUAAAGAAUUGCUCAUAACGCGAUCGAGGAAACAAAAUAAUUUGGUUAUUGUUUUUAUUUAUUGAUAUGGUCUCAUUUAAACACCAGUAGAUUCUUUAAACCUGUGAAUUCAGGUUGAUCUGAAUGUAAACACAGUAUUAUUGUUCUUUUUGUAUUUACCAGGAUCAAACACUGAGUUGCAGUGAAAGAAAUGUAUCAUUCAAACCCAGUCAGAACUGCACAGUUAGCUACUGUAUGCGAGUAUAGUUCAGGGGUCGAAUAAAACAAGAGAGUUUAGAGGAGACACAGGAAUGUACACAUAAACAUGCACACGACAUCGAGCAUAACUUCUCACAGACAUACAGACAAUCCCUCCCUCCCACACACACACACACACACACACACACACACACACGGCCACAAACAAAGAAACAACACCCAAAACUUGUCGUCGUUGGACACCCCCCAUUUUGGUGCUAAGGAUAACAACAGAAGAUAGCUCUGUAUCUCCUGUAUCAUUCAACAGAUAAAUUCAGAUUGCUUUGGAGACUGUUCCUCACUCCCUCCUUGAUUGUAAAAACACAUUAAGUAUAGUCUUGUCAGUAAAGGUUUUUACAAGAUCUAGCUCAGUCUUCGGGCUUGACGUCAUGCUGACAACGACAUGCAGGUCGGUCUUAAUCGUUUAUUUGCAGUAACACCGUUCUCUCUCGUUUGCCGUGGCAUCGGGCUUUUCCUGCCCUUGUAGACACCUAAAAAGUCACAGAUCCAAAACAGUGUCUCAUCAUCUCCUCAAUGAAUGGACCCCAUUUUAUCAGUUUGUCAGUUGAUAUUAAGCCUCAAGGCAAACAUAGCGACGUGCUAAAUCCCAACAGACCAUGUGUCAAAAACCGAGAGGCAAGACAGCAUUUUACCCAGCUUGAGGUGGCCUACACCACCUUUCCAUUGAAGCAACAUCUUACCGCGAGAGUUCCCUAGGGAAUGAGGCUCCGCAAAGUAGAUACGUUAAUACAAGCUGUGUGAACCCAUAUCUGUGAGAAAGAACACGAUUGUGGUUUCACAUUCAAGGUUCUUGCAGAUAGUCAACAGGCACUAAUAAAAAGGAGUUGGCUUGAGUUAGAUUUCUAGAUUGGAGAUUCAGGCUCUUUUUUAUUUCUGUGAAACACAACACAGUUUUCUGUGUAACAUUCGUCUCAAUUAGAGUCCUAUUUUAAAUGGAAACGACCUAUUUCUACACUUGGUCAGUCCAGCCUUCCUUUCUCCAACGGCAAACAAGCUUGAUAACUCCAGUGGAAGAAGGCAGCAUAAACCAUAGGCUACCACAUUUAUCGUCAUCACAUAAGGAUGAGUGUUUGGCAAACGGCAAUGAGGGUGAUUGCGUAGAACAGUCUCCCGUAGUACUUGCGGAGAUUACCCUAGCUAAUUUGCGUGCUGCUAUUCAUGGUUUUCAUCCCGAAAACACUGGGUCUCUCAAGACCGCACUGUGAGACGUGAUGGAGACGCACCCUAAUAUGCGGCUGUCCCUAGAGCCAAGUGUCAAUAUUGUACAGUACACUAUUUUACAUAUCUUGACAAGAAAUGGGCAUGUGAAGCCGGCACACAUGCGUAGCAUGUUUUAGGGCAAACCGGCCGAGAGAGCAGGUGUAUCUCCACACAAGAGCAUUAAUACUGGAGAUGUCUUGUGAUGAUUUAUUUUUUGUUUAUUAUACUAACGAUGCGCAUCAUUGAGACACUAUAGCCUACUAGAACUAUUGGAAGUCUGUUCUGCUUGUCCGUAAGCAGCCGGACACAUUUUUAACCCGGUUUUAUUCCUAUCACGUUCCCUGCUCUGUCGAAUAUUCUGAUUCAUGUUUGCGUUUUGAAAGCAUUUAGGGACAAGAGUCUCCAACCAGAGCUCUAUAAUCUGAUUUCGAAAUAUAGGGCUGUGAAGGUUGCCAGCGCAUAUUGAAAAGUCAUUAAUGUAGUCAAGCCACGUUUGCUACAGAAUUGACUUUUAGCUCUCUUAUCAAGUUGACUUGUUUAAACUCUGCAUGGCAUUGCACCAGCAAACACAUUUCCCGGACUACUCUUUGUACACCGCCUGUUCACAUUAUUUCUGAAAAUAAACACAGUUUAUAUAGCCUAGAUAAACAAAACAAAGAUUUGGUCUCACGGAAGCAUAACUUCCCCUGUUUGGGGUAAAACAACCACUUAAAGCCCCAACAUUAGCGCUGAUUUAAGAUACAAGCACAAGUCAAGUUGAAUUUAUCGAUGCAAACAGAUCCCUCUAGGGGUUUCUGUUACGUUCUUGGUGCCAACUCCUCUUUCUCUCCGUCCAUUCUGCCCUUUAAACUUUCUCCAAAAGUUUGAUCUUCUUCAUAAGUGGUAUUUUCAGCUCUCUUGGAAUUGUCCUCCUCUCCUCGUUGCCCUGCCCCCCACUGCUCUGAUACCCCCUCCUUCUGUCUAGUCUGCUCAUGGGUGACGAUGUCUUGGGUUGCAGGAUGUGCCGAAGUGAUUGAUGGGAGUUAUGCACUAUAGGUCAUAAGGGUAUGCAAAUGUUUUCACAGCCUGUUGAGUUCACGAGGCUAUACCGCACAGAUAGCACUACAUAGCUCCAAACUGACACCCACCAGACGCAACCAGCAACAUUAGUUCAAACUACGGUAUCAAAUUCCCCCUAUAAGAAUAACAAGCAGAAUUUAGAAAAAAGGCUUCAGUUGUGAAGUCUGGCUUUUAAGUGGGAGGUCGUUUUUUUUCCUUCUCGAAAACGAAAUUAGAGGGUGAAUCUUGGAUGAAUGAGCCUGUUGGUUGAACAAACUGAGCUUAUCUGUCAGGUUCUGAACAAAAUAGAGCAAGAUAGGAGAAGUGAGAGAGAUAGUGAGAGAGAAGGUGGAAACUCGUUUGUGACCUCAAGCUGAAACAAUUACAUCCUUUAUGCAUAUCCUCUUAUCUGAAAAAUGACUAGAAUUCAUAACUGUGGAAUAUGUCAUGUUACAUGAUCUAUAUGUACUUUAUUGUAGCUAUUCUAGUUUGUAGUCCAAAUGCAGUCCAGCGUUGUUGAUACAGUGUGAACUAUGUUAUAUUUGUGUGGAUGACGAGAGUGCCAACUAAGCCCAAUUAAGAUUAGCUUUGCGAUUUGUUUGUGCAUCACGAUGACUCAUCAUCGACAAGGUGGCGUCCAUAUUUCUGUUAUUGACGAUUUCGUUUGACAGUAAGAAAAUGUAAAGAAUAUUGGAAGCAAUAUAGUUGCAUGUUGUCCUGUUUUGUGUUUUUGUUAUGUCUGUAUAUGAACCUUUGAAAUUACUAAGAUUUUGAAUGAAUAGGUUUACAUGUACUUUUUGUAAGUUAUGAAAAUGCUGCUAUUUGAUAAGUAAAAUAUACAAAAUAUUUUAGUUGAAAAGAUGUCUGGUUUGUUGAUUAGAAACAUGCUCUCAAAGUCAGGAGCAUUAAGCGAGGUGUAUAGAAUACUAUACAGUACUGAUAAGAUAGUAAAAGUAAUAAUAGACUUCAUAGUACAACCUGUGCCAAAAUAGACUCUUCUGCAGCUUCUGAAAUUGUAGAUGUGCGAUCAAAUGUUAGAUAUCCAUAACUUGUUUAGAAGUGCUGAUCAAGUGCCAAUUGAACAAUGUAUUUAAAGUCAGAUAAGAUAAUCAAAUACAAUACUUAAGAAAACAAAGGACAAAGAACUCUUUUGUGCAUUGUUCUACCUGAUAGCUACAUAGAGUAAGAGAUGAAGAUUGUGAUUUUUAUGGAUUCUAACUGUUUUCCACUCCAUGCAUCCCCUUGUGUGUUCGUUAGACUUGUGGCUUAAGCACUGAUGUCUUAUCAUUGUCUCUAUAGGCCAGCAUGGACUAAAGCAUAACAUGUUAUAAGCAUUCAUAACAUAGUCAUUAACGAUCAAAAAAAUGUGUUUUGUGGAGUUAGAUGUUAUCUUUUUGCACGUCUUCUAUUGCAUGGUAUCAAAGUGAAUUAUGGAGGAAAAAAAAAUACAAACAAAAUAGCGAGAUGUAUCUCGCAACAUUCAAAGACAUAGCGUUGCAUGCAGUCAGUCUUAGAGCAUUUAAGUUUACUCACCUCAUGUUUAAAAAGUUGUUUCUUGUUAAGGGUAGGGAAAGAGUCCAUUAUUGUCAUGUUGGCCCUAAGAUUUCACAUCACAGAUCAAAUGUUCAUCGACAGAUUCCAUCACUCUUAACACGCUCACAGACAAAAUAGUCGUUUUUUUAGAUACAGUGAGGAACAUUUACAAAAUGUGAAAACGAGCAUACGUGAAAAUUGUAUUCAAUGCAUUGGUUCUUUGUGUUUCACUUCAUUACCAGGUAUGGAUUUUUCUUUUUUUUUUUAGAUUAAGAUUUGAACCUCACAAGACCUAUAAGGAAUAUUUUUUAAAGAUUUUUUAUACCACAACUUGAAAGCCCAGAUCUAAUCUAUGAAUGUAUUCCCAUUUCCUAGUUUAUUUUAUGUUGAAUGUUAAUCAAUCUUUUAAGAUGAAUUCAGGGCUGGAAUGUCAACUACAUGUAGAGUUAACAUUUUUUUCAAUAACAAAAUUCAGCUUUAGUCAGGUAGGCCAAACAUGGCCAUUCUCAUAACCCCAGAUGUUUCAGUAACCUCCAAUUCGCUGUCAACAUUAUCCUGUUUGUGUGGUGUUGCAUAAAUGCACUUUACUGAUCGAUGGGUCAUAACGUUUUACAAACACCAUCUCCUAAUGUUGGAAAUUGAACAAAGCAAACCAUGUUAAACUUCUUAGACGUUUUCUUUUGUCAUUCUUUGCUGUUCUUAUUUUGUUUCUUUCUUUCCCCUCUUUCUCCUGAAGUCUUUGGCUCUUUUGUGAUUGAUGGCAAAGAUUUGUGUGUGAGACCUGACUGUAUAAGGAUCACCUGUUUCCCCACUCCUAGGCCCCGCCUUCACAUUCCCAUUGGCAGAGGUUUGUGUCAAUCACUUUGAUUGAGUUCCUCUGGAACGCAUACAGCUGCAAGAGACACAUACGGAGACCAGAUUGAAACUUAAUUUUAUUUUAGACUUAUUUUUACAGAGAGGCUGUUCAGACGAGAGUCCUGCCUAAA